CUGGAAGAUAUAAACCAUGCAACAGCCAAAUAAGCAGGACACCUACACGACCCAGCCAGCUGGCACCAACCAACAAGCCGUUUCUUCCAGAGAUGGGACCAUGUGUCCCCCAGUGACGACGGUGCCUCAUGUGAGGAUUAAAGAUUACUUGGGUACCUCCAUAUUCAAUCUGCUGUGCUGCUGCUUCCCCUUUGGACUGGCUGCUUUGCUCUACUCAAUACAGACAAGAGAUGCCCUCGCUCGGCGUGACUUGGCCUCUGCAUCACGUUAUUCACAAACAGCGUUUCGCCUGAACAUCGGCUCCUUCAUAUUUGGGAUUUUGUGCAUCGUUUGCAUCAUAACCUAUCUGAUCUGCUUUGGAUUCCCAAACAAUUCAAAUUAUGGUUUUCCCAAAGAUCCCGUUUAGCAAUAUGACCCCCCAAACAGCCCAACAUUCUCAGCUGAAAAACUAGGACAUUUUAGGCCACACCCCCAUUUGGACACACCCAGUUCAAUCAGGUGACUUGAUUUAUCUCCACGCUCCGUCCCUUUCAAGAGAGAAAGAUCAGCAGUUAAUAAAAUGUGUUUUUUAUUACAUAAAAAAAUUCCCAUGCUUAAGGUUUGUCCCUGAAAUGUUGCUAAUAAA